AUGUCCAUCAUCGAAGGCAAGACAGUGGUCGUCACCGGCGCCAACCGGGGCCUCGGACGGGAGCUGGUGAACCAGCUUCUGGAGCGGCCAGGAAACACCAUCAUCGCCGGGGUGCGCGACCCCAGCCAGGCGAAAGACCUGGCCAGCCUGGGACCCAACGUGGUAGUGACCCAGCUCGAUGUGUCCGACGAGGCCUCCAUCGAGGCAUGGGCAGCCUCCCUGAAGAAGGAUUUCGCUCACAUCGAUGUCGUCAUCAACAAUGCUGGCAUCGCCGACAUGGAGCCCUUUGGGAGCCUGAAGGGCAAGCUCUUCCACUCCAUUUUCCAGACCAACGCCAUCGGCCCCUUCCUGGUGGUGCAAUCACUCCACGGCCAAGGCCUGAUCGGCGGCAGCGGCGGCCACACCCUGGUCGCCACCGUUUCCAGCACGAUGGGGAGCAUCAGCGAGAACCGGGCAGAUGGUCUGCCCAUCACCAUUGGCCUGAAGCCGGGGGGGGCCAUUCCCUACCGAUCCAGCAAGUCAGCCGUGAACUCCAUCAUGAAGAGCCUGUCCCACGACCUGGCAGACCAGGACAUCACCGUCACACUCCUGUGCCCCGGCUACGUGGCCACAGACAUGAAUGGACACAGCGGCCACAUCGACACCCAGACCUCCGUCAACGGCAUGCUCAAGGUCCUGGAGGAGAAUAAGGACCUUCAGGGCAGCUUCCACUACUACACGGGCCAAUACAUCCCGUGGUGA